GCAUCUCCAACAGCCCGGAGCCGCGGCCCGGCCUGCGCGCGCCCGACGCCCCGGGGAGCGCGCCUCGUGCACGCGCACAGCCACGUGACCCCGUGCCGACCAACGGGCGCGCCGGGAUUUGGGGGGAUAAAGCGCGGCCCCGCGCACAGUUGCGGCGGGAGAGCGGCGGGGCCGAGAGCGUGACUCGCCCGCUCCGCGCUGCUUCCCCCGCGCCGCCUGCCCGCGCCGCCCGCGCAGCCAUGUCCGAGGAGAAGCCCAAGGAGGGCGUGAAGACAGAGAAUGACCACAUCAACCUGAAGGUGGCCGGGCAGGAUGGCUCUGUGGUGCAGUUCAAGAUCAAGAGGCACACACCGCUGAGCAAGCUGAUGAAGGCCUACUGCGAGAGGCAGGGCUUGUCAAUGAGACAGAUUAGAUUCAGGUUCGACGGGCAACCAAUUAAUGAAACUGACACUCCAGCACAGCUGGAGAUGGAGGACGAGGACACCAUUGACGUGUUCCAGCAGCAGACAGGAGGUGCGCCGGAGAGCAGCCUGGCAGGGCACAGUUUCUAGAGGGCCUGUCCCCAGCCCGGGCCAUCCGUCCUCGCAUUGCUGUUGAAUGGUGAGCACGUGACCAUGCCGACCACAAAGGCGUCUGCGGAAACUCGAGGACAUUCACCACAAUGAUUUUCCUCUCUUUGAUGUACUUCAAGUGCAACUCAAAACUAUAUCUGCAGGGAUGAAUCUGUAACUUAAAUUGGGCCAAUCAGAAUUGUUAUCUUUGUUCAGGUAAAAUGAGUUGCAAGAUAUUUUGGGUUUUUUUGUGCGUUCAUUUGUGUUCCCCGCCCCCCAAAACAUUUUUUUAACCCCAAAAUUGUAGCCUGAAUGUUCGCUUUUAGUCUGGCCAGGAAUCUGACUCCUGAGUUGGUUGCCUCUCCCCUGCUCACUCCAGUCACAUAGAGAAUUGGUGUUUCCCGCAGUGGGGAUGCAGCUGUUAGACAGGUAUUGGGGGCAAGGUGGGUAGGGAGGACAGACUGUCACUUGCUGUUACAGGCACAGGUGAUUAAAAUGCUAAAUAUUGCAAAUUUAAGCUUUGUCAGUAUAUGGAAAAGUUGAAGGGAAAAUACUGGAAUGCUUCUUCAAAGGUUAAAAAAUAACCGAGUCUUUUGGUAGUUUGACCCCACAUGCUCUCUGGCCCUCAAGCAUGUAACCUCGGGGUCUGAGGCCCAGGACCCACCCCCUGCCACCCCUCCCACCCCACUCCCUGCUCAGUACCUGUUGCCUGUUGGUACACAGGCAAGGAUUGGCACAACCAAAAUUGGCUUUUUUCUUCCUCUUAAUAUUGAAGAAAUUCCCACAUUUCUCAUUUGGUAAUGGUGUUGUGGCCUCAGAUUUCUUCUAGUAUUUGCUUCUGAUGAAUAAUUAUGGUCUAUACAUUAAAAAGUAAGAUUAAGUAUUGCUGAAUUUGCAGUUAUGUUGUCGUGUAUAAGAGCUACUUUCAAGUGUGGUUACAAAUGAACCCAUGGAAUGAUGACUUCAUGUUCUUCUCGUGGGUUUGUGCCGUGCUGCUUUCCAAAUAUGUAUUGAAUUUAUGCAUUAGUCUGGUGAUUUCAGUUCUGUGAAAUAUUUUGGGAUCUAUACCAAUUAAACAUCUUCAUAGUUCUGCCUAUUGUCCUUCCCGGAGGCUCCAUUGCUGCUUGGUGGCCAUUCUCUGCCUUUUGUAGUCACCUGAACAACGACCCAUCAUCUCUUGCUUGCUUGAAAUCUUGCUGAAAUGUUCUCAUUUCCUGUUUGCUGUAUGGGCUGGGGUGGGAUGUUUGUUGCCUCUGUUGUGUUUAUUCACCAAUUUGUACAUUAUUUGUUGUCCUUUACUACUGUAAACAGUAAAUAUAGUUUGGUAUUCUGUC